GGAGGAUGUCUUGGGAACCUGGGACAUACGCUCUUCUCCUUUCCCUUUUUCUGAGCCAUGGAGUGGCAAGUCUCAGAGUUCCAAAUUCCAGGCAGGAUUUGCACCCGUUGUUGCAAAAAAUGGCAGAAGAAAUAAUAGAUGGAAACUAUCUGAAUGCGUUGCUGGACCUCAUACAGUUUCAAAGUGCCCACACGUGGACGGCAGACCUGUCCCACAGAGUCCUGGCCUACCUGAAUGCGCGGAAUGCCGCCUUCACCGCCCCCAGCCUGCAGGCAGCCGUGGAAAACCACCUGGAGCAGCUGCUCUACCAGCCCCAGAGGCUGCUGGAGGACCUGCGGGGAGCAGACGCCCAGCAGCUCCGCACGGCCAUGAAGUUCCUCUGGGAAGACAAGGAGCACCGCUUGGAGCUGGGAGACGUCGUCAUUGACUUGGCAGAGAUUCGGAAACAAGCCUUGCAAAGCCCGGGCGUGAACCGCAGCCUGUUUCUCAUCACGCUGGAGAGGUGUUUCCAGGUGCUGAGCUCCCUGGAGUGCGUGGAGGUCCUGGGCAAGGUGCUGAGGGGGUCCUCGGGCAGCUUCCUCCAGCCCAGCGUCGCAGAGAGGCUCCCCCGGGACCUGCGAGAGGACGCCUUCAGGAACCUGUCUGCGGUGUUCAAAGACCUCUACGACAAAACCUCGGCCCAUUCCCAGCGAGCCCUGUACUCCUGGAUGACAGGGGUCUUGCAGGCGUCUGCCAACGCCACAGAUGACUCUGUUUCAUGGGUCAGCGCAGAAAACUUAUGGAUUUUGGGCAGAUAUAUGGUUCACCUGUCACUUGAAGAAAUUAUGAAAAUUAGUUCUCAGGAAAUUGGGCUGUUUAUCAGCUAUGACAACGCCACCAAGCAGUUGGACACAGUCUACGACAUCACGCCCAGGCUGGCCCAGGCGUUCCUGGAGAGGAUCGGCUCCUCGGCCUUUGACAUGCGGAACACCUCCACCAUCCACAGGCUGGGACUGCUCAUCUGUUUCUACGGAGACCUGGAGCUGCUGGACGCCGCCAUGGCCCAAGUCCUCCUUCACCAGAUGAUCAAGUGCAGCCGGCUCAGGGGAUUCCAGGCUGGUGUGCAGAAGCUCAAAGCUGACCUCCUGGACAUUGCCACGGAGAACCAGACCCUGAACGAGACCCUGGGCUCUUUGUCGGACGCGGUCGUGGGCUUGACCCACAGGCAGCUGGAGUCCCUCUCCCCCGAGGCUGUGCACGGCGCCAUCUCCACCCUCAACCAGGUGUCAGGCUGGGCCAAGAGCCAGGCCAUCAUCUUGUCCGCCAAAUACUUGGCGCAUGAGAAGGUGCUGUCCUGGCACAGUGUCAGCCAGAUGGGCGUGCUGCUGGCCGGGGUGGGCACCCAGGCCUUCCACAGCAUGGACCCUGGGGACCUGGCACAGCUCCUGAGAAGCCCCGGCUCCCUGCACCUGUCCGAGCUGUCGCCCACCCAGCAGCAAGGCAUCCUCAGCAAGAUGACUGAAGCAGGAGGUACCGCCGCGGGUGUUGUGGAAAUACAAGGGGCUCUCUUUAAGGAAGUGUCUCUCUUCGAUUUAAGGAGGGAACCUGGACUCAACUCUACUGCCCUAAAGGAGAAGGAGCUCCGGAGGAGUCAGGCCCUGUUCCUCUAUGAGCUCCUGUCCAAGAGCAGCAGGAGGCCCGCCGAGCUGCUGAGCGCAGGGCAGCUGGUCAAAGGCGUGACGUGCUCCCACAUUGAUGCCCUGAGCGCCGACUCCUUCCUGGCCCACUUCCAGUCCUUCGAGAGCAGCCUCUCUCUGCUUUCGCCCUAUCAGGUUAAUUGUUUGGCGUGGAAAUACUGGGAGGUUUCCAGGUCCUUUAUGCAGCCCUUCCUCUUGGCUGCACUCCCGGCUCGCUACCUGGCUGCUGUCCCAGCCUCCCGAUGUGUGCCUGUUCUCAUGAGCCUGGGGAAGAUUCAGUUGGACUCCUUGGUUUUAGAUCCCCACAAAAAGAAUUUGGUCCUCAGGAAAGUGCAGCAGUGCCUGAACAACUCCAUUGCCGACGAGUACACUGUAGACAUCGUGGGGAACCUGCUCUGCCACUUGCCAGCGGCUGUCAUCCAGCACGGAGUGUCCCCCAGGGCCUGGGCCACUGCCCUGCACGGCCUCAGAGACUGCCCAGACCUUAGCCCCGAGCAGAAGGCUGCAGUGAGGCUCAGGCUCCUGGAGCAGCACGGACUCCCUCAGGACUGGACAGCUGAGACGACGAAGGACUUGGGACCCUUUCUAGUACUUUUCUCAGGAGAUGAGUUAAGCUCUGUUGCCAUGAAGUUUCCUGAUAUCCUUCAACAGACAGCCUCCAAGAUGGCCAGGAUCUUGCCCCCCAAAGAGUUCCUCUGGGCUGUCUUUGAAUCUGUCCGGAAUGGCAGUGAGAGGGGCCCCAGCCCUGCUCCCAGCCCUGGUUGCCAUGGAGUCGAGGCUCCCUCUUCCGACGACAUCGUCAAGCUGGCCGAGGCCAACGCCUGCUGGGCGCCCCGGGACCUGCUCUGCAUGGAGGAAGGCGCCUUCCUCAGGGGCGUGGGGCUGCUGGGCGCCGUCAGGGGCUUCGGGCGGCCUCAGCUGGCGGCCCUCAAGGAGAAGGCCGUCCAGGUCUGGGACAUGCCUUCUUCCUGGAGAGAACACCACAUUGUCUCCCUGGGCCGCAUUGCUCUGGCUCUUAAUGAAAGUGAGCUGGAGCAGCUGGAUCUCAGUUCCAUCGACACCGUGGCUUCCCUAAGCCAGCAGUCAGAAUGGACCCCAGAACAGGCUAAAUCCAUCCUGCAAGGAUUCCUGGAGGAUUCGGGCUAUCGCAUCCAGGAUCUGAAGAGCUUCCACUUAGUAGGACUUGGUGCAAUGCUGUGUGCCAUGAACGCCACCGAAAUCUCACUUAUAAAGAUCUCAGAAUUCAGGGUGGUGGUGGCCAGAAUCGGGACCCUGCUCUGCAGCACCCAUGUCUUGGCCGAGUUCAAGAGGAAGGCAGAAGUUGUGUUUGGGGAUCCCACUGAGUGGUCCAGCUCUGUCUUGCAGGAACUCGGAACCAUUGCAGCCGGAUUAACGAAGGAAGAGCUCCGAGUGCUUGACACGGAUUUGAUGCCGUAUUUCCAACCAUCAGCAAUCAGAUGCCUUCCUGCUGAGAUAUUCAAAGUAGGUCCUCAGUUCCUUAGGAGAGGUGGAGCUUGACCCCAUUUCAGAU